UUUUCAUUUGACUUCGGACUUUCUCAGUGGAAAAGGAUUAUUUCUCUUGAAAUCACCUACUUUUUCCCCCCAAAAGUUAGGCAACGUUGAUCUCCAUUGCUCUCAUUGUGCUGCUUGCGAAUCGGUGUUAAGUAUAAGUUCUCCAAGAAUGGCUGACAAUGAUGCUCCAGCUGAAAACAUUACCUCUAACAAGAGUAAUGCAUCUUCGGAGAAGGAAAUUGAAAUGUCGAUUGACGCAUUGGCAAGUCAGGUUCAAGAAUCCUUCUCACUUUCGAAGAGACAUAAGUUCUGGGAGACCCAACCGGUUGGCCAGUUCAAUGAUCCUGGAGAUACAAGCCUGCCUGAAGGACCGAUUCAACAGCCUACACCACUAUCUGAAGUCAAGCAAGAGCCGUAUAUUCUUCCAUCCGCCUAUGAAUUGGUUACGUGCGAUCUGGAUUCUGAGGAGGUGUGUAGUGAGGUUUAUACCUUAUUGACCAAUAACUAUGUUGAGAAUGAUGAUAGCAUGUUUAGAUUCAAUUACUCAAAAGAGUUUCUUAGAUGGGCACUCUGUCCUCCUGGUUAUUUUCGGAGCUGGCACAUUGGGCUGAGGGUUAAGACUUCAAAGAAACUGGUUGCAUUCAUAAGUGGAAUCCCUGCAAAAAUUCGUAUCCGUGAUGCUGUAAUGCUGCUUGCAGAGAUCAAUUUUCUGUGUGUACACAAGAAGCUCCGAUCAAGAAGACUUACUCCAGUCAUGAUUAAGGAGGUCGUUGAAUCCGAAGAAGCUAAUCGACGUUGGGUUUUCUAGAAUUGAUGCAUGGGAUACCAUGACCCGGUACAUCAACUUUUUCAAGUUACCGGAGCAAACCGCGACCCCUGGCCUCAGAAAGAUGGAACCCCGUG